UCACAAACUUGUUCCGAUAGUAUGGUUCGUUAAUCGCUCACGAUCAUCCAACAACAUCAUCAUAUAACCUUUCGGAAACCCACUUGGGGAGACCGGCGUCUCGGGGCUCCAGGAUAUUGGAGUCAUUGGACAGAGGAGAAUUUGGAAUGAUUGAUAGACACUGGGUUAGCUGGAUGGGGCUAAUUUGGUCCCAUGGAACUGGUCACCAACCUUAUCGGGCCCAAAGGCGCAAGGCACUAAGACAAAGGUCCCAGAGAAUUAGAGUCUGAGAGGUCCCAGGAGCCUUGCUGCUGGAUCCUCUUUCCCUCAGACUCAACCAAGAUCCCCGAUUAGCUCCGCCUUCCUGCCCAUGUGGAAAGGCAUUAGACUUUUUUUUUUGGUUCCCUUAUUUCUUUUUUUUAAGAAAAUUCCCGGGCUGUACCUCGUACCUUUUCGUAAUGAUGAUGCUGGCGAGAAACAUAGUGCAUGUAGUGGAGGCGGCGAUGGAUGUGCUAUAUCCACCACUUUCCAGCUGAAUGGCCCGUCAAAAUAAACGAACGAUCAGGGGAAAUGGGAAAGAGAUCCGGUUGCCCCAGUCGUAAGAGGGGUACUCGAGGUGAUGAGAAAGGACAUGAGGGAUCCUAUACCGUCCGAGGAACUAAAAUGAAGCUCAUACAUACUGUGAGUCCCAUGAUGACGCUUGGAGACU